UGCUGGGAAGAGAAAACGUGUGAGCGUGUGUGAAAUAUAUACUCUCGUGUUAUUGGUGUUUAAAGUCGUAGAAGUUCGUUUCUAUCGCUCCAGUUGAGCUGAUAAAUAACUCGUUUCAAUUCAUAGAAGAAAACAGAAAAUAAUUCACGAGUGUUGCUCGUGUAUUCUCUGGAAUAAACCAUGAAGAAGACGCGCAAGAAGAGUGUUUCUGUCGCCAGUGAAGAGGCGUUGUCGGGGCAACCGGCAGAUGGCUACGAGGUGGGCCAGGUGUCGGGAAGUUUGUUCAAGAAGAAGUCCGCGGCCUCCGGAUCGCUGUCGACUUUAUUCAGCGUCGCUGCGCCGGCCGGUCCUCUUCUGUACCAGCCCGCACCGAAGCCCGUCGUGAAGAGCACAGAAGCAAAGGAGCCACAGGAGGAAGCUGCAGAGGUCAAAGGUCAGAAGAAGAAGACGAAGAAUCAAAAGCCGCUUCCGGAGAAAUCGGAAGCCGACCAGAAGCUGGAGACCAGGGAGAUCAGUUUACAGAACGCGGACGAGGACGAGCGAGGGAAGACGACGCCCGCUCAGAAGAAGAAGAGGAAGGCGCCGGACGCGGAGACCAGUGCGGAGCACUGGGUGAUGAAGAGGCACAAGCUGAAGGCCAGCAAAGAGGAGGAGGUGGUGAAGGAGAAGAGGACGGUGUUCGUCGGCAACCUGCCCAUCAGCUGCAGCAAGAAGACCCUGACGGCCCUCUUCAGAGACGAAGGAUCCAUCGAGUCCAUCCGCUUUCGCUCUGUGGUCCGAGAGGACCCCCUGAUGUCCCGUAAAGUGGCCGUCAUUCAGCGCAGAAUUCACCCCAAAACUCAAAGCUUGAACGCCUACGUGGUGUUCCACGACGAGGCCACGGUGGCCAAAGCGCUCGAGAGGAACGGCAUGGAGAUCGAGAAGGACUUCCACAUCCGGGUGGACAGAGUGACGGAGGGGCCCUCGGGGGCCUCGCACGAUCACAAGCGCUCCGUCUUCGUGGGGAACCUUUCGUUCGAGAUUAAGGAGCUGGCUUUUCGGCGGCACUUUGAGGAGUGUGGCCCGGUGGACGCGGUGCGAUUGGUGCGGGACCAGAACUCUGGGCUGGGGAAAGGAUUCGGUUACAUCCUGUUUGAGAGCGCCGACUCGGUGCAGCUGGCGCUGGAACUGGACGGCAGCAAACUGGACGGCAGACCCGUCCGGGUGAAGAGGGCGGAGAGGCAGAAGAAUAACACUGACGCCGCCAGGGGCCCCACGAAGGGCCCCACGAAGGGCCCCACGAAGGGCCCGGGGGGGCAGGAGAGAGGAGGCGGUUGGAAAGGUUUCAAGUCUAAAAAGAAGUUCUCUGGAAACCAGCAGGCGGCGACCAAGAGCUCGAACUCCUUCAAGGGAGAAAUGGUGGAUCCAAACAAAAAGAGUCAGAAGAAAGGACAGAAGAAGAAGAAGAAACCCAGAACCAAGAGGGCCGUUCACAUCUGAUGUUCAGCUGGUUUUGGGUUCUCACUGUUGGGGAAAGCAAAAGGUUUUUUUCUGGAGAUAUCACAACGUAUUCCUCAUAACAUUGAGACCGCAGACAGAAACCUGAGUUUACUGUUUUAAUGUUUUUAUUGGUCCCCGCCGUGUGGAUUCAGGUUCUCUUUCUCAUCCAUAAAGACAUUUCCACCUUAAAUCGCUGUGUUUAAUAAAAAGUCACCGCAC